CGUCCUGCACCCGCCGCCGCCGGCCCCGCACCCCCGCGACGUGCUGCUGGGCGGCGGCGGCGGCGGCCGGACGACCGAGGACCCCCGCGGCCCCGAGGAGCCAAAGCCGGACGCCAGCGUCAAGAAGGCGAAGAGGCCAAAGCCAGAAUCUCAGGGAAUCAAAGCCAAGAGGAAGCCCAGCGCAUCUUCCAAACCGCCGCUGGUGGGAGACGGGGAAGGCGCCCUGCUCUCCCCCAGCCAGAAACCUCACAUCUGCGAUCACUGUAGCGCCGCUUUCCGGAGCUCCUACCACCUGCGGAGGCACGUCCUCAUCCACACCGGGGAGCGGCCCUUCCAGUGCAGCCAGUGCAGCAUGGGCUUCAUCCAGAAGUACCUGCUGCAGAGACACGAGAAGAUCCACAGUCGAGAGAAGCCGUUCGGGUGCGACCAGUGCAGCAUGAAGUUCAUCCAGAAGUACCAUAUGGAGAGACACAAGAGGACGCACAGUGGAGAAAAGCCAUACAAGUGUGACACUUGCCAGCAGUAUUUCUCAAGGACAGAUCGCCUCUUGAAGCACAGGCGCACCUGUGGCGAAGCCAUAGCGAAAGGCGCCCCCGGCGCAGAGCCCGGGGCGUCUGGCCACAACAGCGUGGGGAAUCUGGCUGUGUUGUCUCAGGGAAACACCAGCUCUUCGAGGAGAAAGGCGAAGUCAAAGAGCAUCGCAGUUGAAAACAAGGAACACAAGACUGGUAAAGCGAGCGACUCGCAGGUUCCGAGCAGUAUGACCCUGCAGAGUUACUCGGUAGAGAUGCCCACCGCGUCUUCCAGCGGAGGCAUGAUCGGCACUGGUAUCGACGAGCUACAGAAAAGGGUGCCAAAACUGAUCUUUAAGAAGGGAAGCAGAAAGAGUACAGAGAAGAACUACCUGAACUUCGUGUCACCGUUACCAGACAUGGUGGGACAGAAGUCCUUGUCUGGGAAACCAGGUGGCUCGCUUGGCCUUGCGUCAAACAGCGGCGUGGAGACCAUUAGCCUCCUCCAGAGCGCAAGUGGCAAACAAGGUCAAAUGAGCAGUACUUACGACGAUGCCAUGCAGUUCUCGAAGAAAAGAAGAUACAUACCGACUGCCAGCAGCAACAGUGCCUUUUCCGUGAGCGUGGGACACAUGGCCUCCCAGCAGUCUGUCAUCCAGUCUGCGGGCGUCGGAGUUUUGGACAGUGAGGCCCCCUUGUCCCUUAUUGACUCCUCGGCCCUGAAUGCGGAAAUUAAGUCUUGUCACGACAAGUCUGGAAUUCCUGAUGAGGUUUUGCAGAGUAUUUUGGAUCAGUACUCCAACAAGUCCGAGAGCCAGAAGGAGGAUCCCUUCAGCAUAACGGAGCCACGAGUGGAUUUGCACACCUCAGGAGAGCACUCAGAGCUGGUGCAAGAAGAGAGCUUGAGCCCAGGCGCCCAGACGCCCUCCAGCGAUAAGGCCAGCAUGCUGCAAGAAUACUCCAAAUACCUCCAGCAGGCUUUUGAAAAGUCCACGAACGCAGGGUUCGCUCUCGGCCACGGGUUCCAGUUUGUCAGCCUGUCAUCACCUCUCCACAACCACACUUUAUUUCCAGAAAAACAGAUAUACACUACAUCUCCUCUGGAGUGUGGUUUCGGCCAGUCUGUUACCUCAGUGUUGCCAUCUUCGUUGCCAAAGCCUCCUUUUGGGAUGUUGUUUGGAUCGCAGCCAGGUCUUUAUUUAUCUGCUUUGGAUGCCACACAUCAGCAGUUGACCCCUUCCCAGGAGCUGGAUGAUCUGAUAGAUUCUCAGAAGAAUUUAGAGACUUCUUCGGCCUUCCAGUCCUCAUCUCAGAAACUGACUAGCCAGAAGGAACAGCAGAAAAACUUAGAGUCCUCAACAAGCUUUCAGAUCCCAUCUCAGGAGUUAGCCAGCCAGAUAGAUCCUCAGAAAGACGUAGAGCCUAGAACAACGUACCAGAUUGAGAACUUCGCACAGGCGUUUGGUUCUCAGUUCAAGUCGGGCAGCAGGGUGCCAAUGACCUUUAUCACUAACUCCAAUGGAGAAGUGGACCACAGAGCAAGGACUUCGGUGUCAGAUUUCUCAGGGUAUACAAAUAUGAUGUCCGAUGUUAGUGAAGCAUGUAGUCCGAGGGUAAAGACGCCCACCAGCCAGAGCUACAGGUAAGGCCCAGGAGUGACCAGGCUGGGGGUCUUCUAAUGUGAUUUCGUUUUAUUUCGAGAACACUGCCAUUGGAAUGUUUCUACGCGAUCCUAUUAAGAAUAAUGUAAUGCCCUUUCAAUGCAACUUUUCAUAUUUAGUUUAUUUUGUUAGCGUGAUUUUAGCUCUGUUUGUAUUAUGAUUUUUAAUCAAAAUCAAUAGAUUAAAAUAGUUUGACAUUCGAAGUGACAAUGUUUAGCAAUCAAAUUUACAUGUAUAGAUUGUCAGGGAAUAGCCCAAAAGUUUUAAAUGCAAAAAAAAAAAACCAUAUAAAAAAAAAAACAAAAAAAAAACCACAUAAAAAAAAACUUUGUUGUUAGGAUUAAGGUUAUUCUAAUUGCUUUACUCUCAGGAAAGUGUAAUAACGCAUGGGAAUUCUGUACGUUAUCACUGUAAUGGAAUAUCCAAUUUACAGGUAGUAUAUGCAUUUCAUCAUUUAGGUAAGGGAUCGAAAACAUUUCAAGUUGCUCUAUCUGGGCUGAUGUGAUACACGUUUUAUCAUUGAAGUAAGGGAUCGAAAACAUUUCAGAUUGCUGUCUCCAUCUGGGCUGAUCCAAAAUUCUGAAUUGUUGGCCACCUGUACUUUGUUGCAGCUUUUAAAUGUACUCUGAACUUCCAAACCACAUUCAUUCCAGCCUGGAAGAACAAAUAUUCUUGGAUCUUUGAUCAAAGCCUGGAAUGAUAGCUUUAAUAAAAGAAGGAGGGAAAAAAAAGCACCCUUUCCUUACCCCAACUGUGACAAGGCCGGUCAGGGGCUGGUGGGCACAGUGUUGAUGCCCAGGUGGCUGGUUGGUGCCAGUAUUAGAACCCAAGCUGGAAUUACAUCAUUCUUGGAAAAUCUGGGUAUGUGCCGUUUGUCAUACAUGGCCUAAAACUCUGUUCCCUGUCUUUUACUACAUGUCACCCACACUUACGGGUUUUUUCUUUCAUUGUUGUCUUUGUUCUUAACACGUCCUCUCGCGCAGAGUCCUGGGCCUGCUUGUUCCUUCUGCUCCCUGUCUUGACAGUUUCGACUUUAGAAUGAGUCACAUUCCAAUAGGUAAUUGGCUGUGCGUUUCAUAUGCCUUCUGGCAUCCAAAUACUAAACCGUAGGGUUAGCAUCCCCCCGCCCCCUUUUGAAGAACAGAGCCCUUGCAGGUGUCCAUGUAGCAUAAAGCCCCCAUGCUCAGAGCUACAGACAACCAGUAAGAAGGUUGUAAUUCCAGCUGGUGACAAAGCCAACGGGAGGGGUGAGAGCGUCUCACUUGGGGGUAACAUUGGAACCUCUCUGAGAAGUUGCAGCCUGUUUAACGUACGUUUUGAAAGGGUGCGUCAGUCAGUAUUGUACGGGGUCGUGUAAAGUCAUCAAACCUUGCUAUGAACGCUAAUUGCCAUUUGAAGCUACUGGUGGACAGUGGCUCUGCUCUAAACCACUUUUUAGCAAUUGUAUUUUUUUUCUGAUUAUAUUUUUUAAUGUACUUUGAUGUUUAUGCUGAUGAGUUUUUUUGUGUACUUUUGGUGAUGUUUCAGUCUUAGGUACUCUUCUGACGUCAGAAAAGUGCCACUGGUUGUUUGCAGUCUUACUGUGUCAUCAGCCUCCCGCAGGCUUCCAUGUAUAAUAAAGUAAUUAAUACUGUGCACGUGUGAAACACUUCUGUUACGAAGGCAGUGUUUGGAAAAUGAGAAAUUAUUAAAAAUGGUUACAAAAUACUAGUUAAUUUCCUUUCCCUGCUUUCCUCCCUUAAGUCUGCUUUACCAGCUAAAGGUCACUUAUUUGUCAUUGCAAGAUUCUUCGAAAAUGUGUGUAAUCUUCUUAAAUACACGCAGUACUAAAAAGUCUGUUUUGGUCAGCGCGGCGAGUUCUGUUGGGGACAGAGCACAAGCUGUAAUCAGAGGACGGAGAAGGCCCGUUACCGCUGUGUCUCUGAGCUGUGUGGUCUCCCUCCAGCGUUUUGUUUUAUACAGGUUUUGAAUUCCUUUAACUUUUAUUGUGUGUACUGAAUACUGCAUAUGUACUAUUCUGAUUGUUUGCUCUAGUUUACUACCAAUAAAAGACCUGUUAAUCACAA